CUGACAGUGUAUAGUAGAGUCGGCGACCAGACUUCACUUCACUCAGAUCUAACCCCCGCUAUAUUCUGGUAACUUUUCUUCAUAUAAGAAAGACACUGUAGCGCUCAAGCCGACUACAGCCGUUGGUGUCUCUUUUUGUAUGGUGUGUUCACCUUAGUUCUAUAUGGUCAAGACACAAGACAAUUUGCUUUCGUGACAUCUGUUUUCUAGUAGUAGAGAGGAAGAAGGCAACCCCAAUAGCGCGUGGAACUCUGAUCACAUCUGCUCUUUCACACAAUAGCGUUUCAUCAUUGAAGGAAAGGAUCCCGGUUAGCACGUAUCGCCGCACUCGAUAUACCGGCACCGUUCGGCACCCUAGCGCCUCGUCCGGCCGCUACGGUCGAUUCUCUUACCACUUCGUAGAUCAGAAAGAAACACCUUACUUAGUUUUUGUAGACACUCCUUCCCUGUUCUUAGUUUAUCGAGAGGCUCUUUUACUCGUCAAGAACUGGACAUUUUCUCUUCGUUGUUUCAGCUAGAAUGGGGUCAAAUGUGUGUGCGAUAAUCUGUUUAGUUGCAGCUUUGGUGUCUGUCGUGUGCUGUACAAGUGAACAUCCACAGGCAAUUUGCGGACCUCGAUGUCAAAGUCAGAUGAUAGUUAUGACAUCAGAAGAGCGUCCACGCAAAAAAUGUGACUCAGUUUGUAAACUGAGGUCACUCGUUUCCCAUGCCGGGAAAAGAAAGAAAUCGUCCGACCUUAGCCAAGACGCCUACCUUUGGAAUCAACAGGGACCAACGCCAACGUUUACAGCAGACGUCAACACGGAAGGUCAAAGGCCAACGUGUAGACUAGAGGAAGCCAUGAGAAAACUUUCACCGAAGUGGCAAGAGCGACUAUUAUCGGUGUUGAGUGGCGCUUUCAGGGAGCUCAACGGAGAACAAGUUGAUGACACUUCAUUUGACCUCUGAAGGGGUCAGAGGUCAACCUUUUGAUGACGUCAACCUUUCUUUUAGAUGACGAAAUGGACCCUAAAGAGGUUCCAUCACCAGAUUACGACAGACUAUAUUUUGAUUACGUAAUAUUAAAGCUGUCCGCCAUGGUACUAUAAUGUUACAUAGUAAUCUCGGUAGACAGUUUGGGGUAAACUUACUUUAAGUCUUUGAUUGAUUAUAUCAACUUUAUUAUUUUUCUUUGAUAUUUGACAAAGCAAGACAAAGAUAAAGACAAUAUGUCAACUGACAUUUGGGCUUCAGCCCAAGUAUCAAGCCAUUUAAAAUAUCAUUUAUAAAUAUAAUGAAUACGAUUACCGUAGUAAUGACGUCAAUGUUAAACAGAGAAAAAGAAAUAUUGCUCUUUUGGAAACACUUGCCUUGGGGAAGUUAAAACAAAAAAUACAUGUACCUGCACUUUAAGAGAAGGAUGAAAGAUUUAUUCUUAAAGAUUCUUUUAUUUUUAAAUGUUGAUAAAAACAUAGCAGGGAGGAUAAGAAACAAGAAAAUAAUAGUUGUGCACUUUUACUUGUGAUCAUAGGUCUCAUCUUAAAACGCGCGCUGUAAAUCUUUUUAAAAUUCACAACGUUUUUAAUUUAGAUAAAUAAGUGCGAAGUCAGUUCCACUGGACAUCACUAUUUAUUAUACAGUGAUUUCAACCUGGAGUUUAUGACAUCUUAUCCUCACUGUUUCUGUACUAGCUACAGUAGCCUAGAAGACACAUUAUAAGGAGAGACGCAAAAUUAAGACUGUAUUUCUCGUUAUGAUCUCUCUUAUACUUUGGGCAGGUGUGUCAACUGGUGGCUAUACUGCACUUAAUCUUACCUAUCAAGCCAAAUAGUAGAUAAUAGCGACGACUAUAGGUAGAUAUACCCUCGACCCCCCCCCCCCCCCCCCCCCCCACUUAGAUAAAAUACCUCAAGGGGCACCUUCCUAGACAACGUCACACAUUAAGAAUUGAACUUCUCGUAGCAAUUUACUAACCCCCACUGCUAGCAGAGUUAGGUGUUAUUAGAAAUUUCACUUAAACUGAAUUUAGACGAGAAAUCCGUAUCAUAAAUGAUCCCUAGCCAUGCAGCUGCCGUCGGUCCGUAUGACUUCUAACUGGUAUGGCGCACGCCAAUCAAAGAUACCAACCCUUUACCUAUAACGCAAUGGGGGAGUUCGGAACGUUAGGUGGCAGCAGACUACAUUUCCAUUGUUUAUGUAGUUCUGACCAUGCGCACAUUAUCGAAAACAGUGAAUUUUACUUUACCCGGAAAGUCUGCUGCCACCUUGCGCCCCAAAUUAGUCUCCCAUUGGUAGAUUACCUGCGUGUAGAUCCAGAGGUUUCCAGUUCAGACCCGUAUUUUGUAAAUUUUGUUUGCUCACCAAAUGUUUGUAACAACAAUAGUUAAGAACUCAGUUUCGUGUUAGGUCUCUCUCUGUUAACCUUUACCAGUGUACUCUGAAUCUGGACUAUUGUUAGAUAAUUAUGGAAAAAAAUUAAUAUUAUUAUUGAAUGUCUUAGAUUAUUGGUAAAAGGACCUAUUUUCGCGAAAAUAAUACUAACAAAAUUGUUUCUUUCAGGGUGGUCCGUCCAAAAUCUCUGAACUUUGAUCUUUUUGUUAAGUUCUUCAAGAUUUGCGGGAAUAAAACGGGCUGUCUUAUAAUAAAUGUGUAAAUAAAUAGUUUUAUGUAAAUAUGUAUUGUUUAAAUCGUCUAAACACGACAACUACGCCUUAUGAUUCUUAAUAGAGAUUGCUGACGGCUGUUUGUAAUUAAUUUGGCUUGUUAUUGUCAGAUAUGGUCAACAAAAUCAUGAGUAUUUGAAUCAUCGUAUGACGUCACUUUUUUCCAGGUUGUGCUGGAAAGGUUACUUAAAAGUUACCUUACUUUUCUGUUCAUUGAGACUUUGAACAUGAAAGCAAUCGCUGGAAUAUACACCGUAAUGUCUUUACCAAUCGCUCAUACUAGAGUCACACUUUAUAAUAAGAACAACAUUGCAAUUAUACUUAAUUUUAGUCGUAAUCAUUAAGGUAGUAAUAGUCGUAGUCUGUAAACAACAAAUUGGUUUUUCAUAUUCCUGUAGUAUCUUACGGUACCUGUUAUCGUAUUCAACUUUCUAAUCUAAAUAAGACCACGUGUACUUGAAUAGAUCAGCCCAUAUAAGGUUUCCCGCCCUCAAUGUUCAAAUAUCAUGCCUGCCACUGGUAAUGCAACUGGUUCAUUAAACGUGACAACAGAUGCAACGAAUAUGUAUAAUUCACUAAUAUUUUUGGUUUACAUCUAGACCUACUGGUUUAAAGCCCGUGUUUGGUGUUAAAGUGUGAGAAUCAUCGGGUGUAUGUGUCACUAGACAAAAUCACGCGGGAAUUGGUGUUGAUUCGACGGCUGUUUUAUGUUCAGUUGUGUCACAUAAUCACUGAACAACCACUUGUUGUUAUGCAACUGAAAUAGUGGACAGAUGUUGUCAAUAACGUUCUUUUCAUAAAUUGUUAAAAACUUUAUUAUAAAAUCUGAAUAUUUUUAAUCACACUGAAGUCACCCGUAUAAUCAGAGCGAGGGGGGUGAAAAAGGUCAAUGCCCUUGCUUUCAAUAUCAAUACUUCACUAGUACAGAAGUCAGGGAACAAAUCAAAAUUAUAGUGCAUUAGCCAGUAGCCAUAGUCGAAGUCACUUAAAUCUGACACGGCUAACGGCUUAUGGAUUGCUCUCUUGUAGCCAAUUGUCUGCACAUACUAAUCCUAUCUGGUUUAUUGAGAUUUUUAUUUAUGAUGUUUGCUUUUUCAUUUAUGUUGCGAACUAAAAAAUAAAGGACGAAAUUAUGAAAAACUGAA